CAAAUUAGCAGAUGUGCUUCAGUAAACAACACAGAAGGAUGUGAUCGUCUCCUAAACGCUGGAUAAAGUUCGGCCUGCUGUGUGAUAAUCUCCAGCUGAAGCGACUGAGCGAGUAUAAAGAUGGCGUUUAUUAAACAGGAGAGUGAAGACAUCAGGAUCGCAGACGUGUUCACACUGAAACAGGAAGAUCCUGAGAGGACUGAAGAAACAUUCAGAGUCAAACAUGAAGAUCCUGAGCAGCAAACAGAGCUGAAGCCACCAAAAGUGGAGGAUGAAGAAGAGGAUGAGUUUGAUCUCAUGACUAUAGUCGAGUCUAUACGGGCUGAAAGGACUGCUUCAUCAGCCAAUGCUGAAAGGGAAGAAACUCCAAGCAUCUUCACCUGUCAGGAGUGUGGAAUGAGCUUCAGUGAAAAAACAGACUUGGACACUCACAUUGUAGAUCAUGCCAAAGUAAGGCCCUACACGUGCUCUCAGUGUGGAAAGGGGUUCAGACUGAGGCAAAGUUAUGAAACCCACAAGAAAUUUCACACUGGAAGACAACAAGACGAUCCUGAGGGACUAACAGACCUAAUAGCGGAGGAUCAAGAAGAGGAUGAGUUUGAUCUCAUGACUAUAGUAGACUCUGUUCGGGCUGAAAGGACUGUAAAUGCUGAAAGAGAAGAAACUACAAGCAACUUCACCUGCCAGGAGUGUGGAAUGAGCUUCAGUGAAAAAACAGACUUCGACGCUCACAUUGUAGAUCAUGCCAAAGUAAGACCCUACACGUGCUCUCAGUGUGGAAAGGGGUUCAGUCAGAGUCGAAGCCUUGCCACGCACAUGAAAUUCCACACCGGAGAGAUAUCCUUCACCUGUAAAGUGUGUGGGAAGAGCUUCAAAUCUAAAUACACUCUUAAGUAUCACCUGAGAAUUCACACUCAAACACCACAAGAAGUGAUAUGUGGUCAAUGUGGAAAGAGCUUCGCUAAAGAAAGUCAUCUUUGGCAACACAUGAAGGUUCACACUGCAGAGAAGCCGUUUAAAUGCAGUCACUGUGGAAAGGCUUUCACCUUUAAGAAAAGCUAUCAGUCUCACAUGAAGCUUCACAGGGAUAUGAAAUUAUUAGCAUGUACUCGGUGUAGCAGGAAAUUCACUAAAAAGAGUAGUCUUCGGCGUCACAUGAAGACUCACGCUGUACAGAAGCCAUUCAAAUGUGGUCAGUGCGGGAAGGGUUUCAUAUUUAAAAAAAGGUAUCGGACUCACAUGAGGACUCACAUGGAGGAGAGACGAUUCCCCUGUGCUCAGUGUGGGAAGAGUUUCUCUAAAGAAAGGGAUCUUAAGCGUCACAUGAAAGUUCACACUGUGGAGAAGCCACUUGUACACAGUCACUUGGGGAAUGGUUCAUCAGGUAGUUCUCAGCGUGAUGUGACCAAUCACAAUGAUCGGAAAUUAUUCCCCUGUGGUCAAUGCAGGAAGAGUUUCUCAGAGAAACUAAGCCUUAAUGCCCACAAGAAGAUCCACUUUACGGGAAGCACUUUCAAAUGUAAGCGAUGCGGAAAGAGAUUCUCUAAUAAAGCAGGCAUCAAAGCCCACAGGAAAACCCACGCUUCACCGCGGCAUUACAUCUGUGGUACUUGUGGAAAGAUAUUCAACAACAAACAGACCCUAAGUCACCAUGAGAAGGGUCACGUGAUAAAGGUUUCAUGUGUGGGCCGGGCGGAAAGAGCCUUGAGACGGAGAGAAAAACUGGAAAACUCUUUACAGGAGGAUCUCAGGAGCGAUGUAGAAGCUCAGACUGGAGUCGCUGUGGAAAACUCAGGGCAGUAAACCUUCAGAUGAAAAGGUCUGGAAAUAAUCUAUAUGAAGUGCUUGCCAUAUUUACACGGUUUUGGUUCAGGGUUAUGAGUGGCCAGUGUAUCUUUAUACAGUGUACAGUGAUCAUUUAUUCACAAGCUAAGGCUGAUGUGAUUAAUCGAAGGCAAUUUUGAUGUCUAUUUUGUUAGUAAAGCCGGUUCUAGUAAAGUACAUAGAGAUCCGAAAGACACGAACACUGAGGGUACCAUCUGAACCACCACCAUAUUGUGGGAAUAUGCCUCCUUGGCAUUUCUGAAUUACGAAAUAAAAACAAACAACAUCUAAAAGCUGCGCCGUGACCAGAUGUAAAGUAGACAAGGUAAAACACACACAAGUUUUUAUAAGCUGUCGAUUUAAAACAUACGGGUGUUUAAGGAUGUGAAAGUGGACUCAUGCAAUUAAACUUCUAAAGCUGCGGUCACGCUGCACUAUUCCCCCAUAGACUUCCAUUCAUACGUACGCGAAUGCGUCAAACCGGAAACACAAGCUCGUGCUGCAGGUUUCUCAGUUCGCUACGUUGGAAAGUUCACGCUUGGUGAACUCCGACCUGCGAAAUCGCAUCACUUGACUGAGUGAGACCAAUCGAGGAUCAAAACAGGAACUCUCUGGAAAGGAAUUGAAAACAUGGAGCAAUCGCUCGCUUUUUUUAAUGUCUAAUCAUCUUAGAUCAUCGCGCCCCUUUUUGCAGUGCCGCACGACUGAGAAAAACACUAGUGUGACCGCAGCUUCAGUUUUAAAAAGUGUUAGGCUACGUCUGAAAUUGCAUUCUUCCAUACUAUAUAGUACGCUAAAAACGUUAAACGAGCCGAGUAGUGUGUCCGAAUUCAUAGAAUUUGAAAAUCAGUAUGUGAGAAGUACCCGGAUGACCUACUACUGCUGGAGAGAUUCUGAAGUGCACAUCCCAUGGAUGCUGCGCUAUCCCAUGAUGCACCACGAGAGAAUUAAUGAAUGGGAGUGAAGCGACGCAACUCACGUGGGUAGGUCACCUGAUCAUGACAAAAUGGCGGAUGUAGUAUGUCCGAGUUCCAUUCAUACGAUUCUGUUUGAGACGUCUAAUAGAUUAAUAGGUACCGAAAAAGUCCACAGGGGGUGAUCACCAGAAUGGGGAAGUCCCAGAGUAAAAUGAGAAAAUAUGAUACUCCAGUGUUUUGGAAUAUGGAGAAAGUGCUCUGAUUUUGCGGUUAAAAGAUUUAACUUGGGUCGUCACCAUACUGGUAGCUCUGUCUCUGUGGGAUAGCAGCGUACAGGAGCGUA